AUGAUAUUUUCAUUUUUCAUCUCGCAGACAGCUCCCAGGAUUCCGUCGCUGUUUCUGCUGGACUACCUGACAGAGGACGCGCCUGAUGGCGAGGACAUGGAGCCCCCGCCAAGACGCUACUCCACCACACAAGAACAGGAGGUCCUGGAUGAGAAAAUCAGGAAAUUUCAACGAUCCUCCAUGAGCAGACGUAGUUCAGCUAUGCAUUCACCUAUACUGGAGGAAGUCAUCGCCAGAAUUACACAAAGCUUUAGUUCACGCUCUCAAAUGGUAAGCACCGAAAGUUUAUGUGCGAGCCACUGGCGAAGCUAGUCACGGCAGCUGGUCAUGCUAUGCCAGUAAACAUUCAUCUAAAUAGGAUCCAUCUUCAAAACUUAUUACAGGGUUCGUACAAAACUUGAAAGUCUUUGAAUGUCCUUGAAUUUGAAAACAAAAAUUCAAGGCCUUGAAUGUCUUGGAAUUUGUAAAGAAGUACUUGAGAGUCGUUGAAUUCUUCUUGCUUUAGUUUUUGGAUAUUUUCUGAAAUUGUUUGACAUUCAAAACGGACAUUUUGUUGAAUUGAUUUUGCAUGUUCAUAUCUGAGAAAACUGUUUGAAAUUCAUUGUUGCGUAUUGAACAAUUCAACAUUUCAACGUACGUCACAUUGUAUUGAUUUCUAACAUCUUCUCUUCAGUAUUUAGUCCUUGAAUUUGCUGAUACAUGGCCUUGAAUGUCCUUGAAAAGUCCUUGAAUUUGACUCUUCCUGGCAUGUACGAAUCCCGUUAAUUAAUAAUAAUAACACUUUAUUUAUUGAGGAUAAACAGAUAAAGUUACACUUUUUUCCAAUCUGGUCCUCCUAAACUCUAUAGACACAACAACAAUAACAUUAAACAUGACUAUUUUCAGUACUUUCUAUAGGAGUACGAACAAAUGAAAUCAUGGGUAUGAUGUAAAGUAUUAACCAGUACUACAAUUCAGUUGCUCAUACCUCGAGAAAGCCCCAAUUUACUAAUUAGGCAAUUUUCUAACUAUGUCUAAAUUAUAUUUACAGUACAGUAUAAUAAGUCGAAAUACGCGUUGACAUACAACUCACAAGUGUCUAAAGUGACAUUAUAAACAUCGCAGUAUUUGACACUUUCUCCAUGUACGAACAACCGAGUUAACAACAAUUAAUAACUUUAAAGGGCCUUAUUUUACAAUUCAAAGUUCUCGUCUUGAAUAGACAUCUGUUCGUAUUUUAGACAACAACAAACAUUGAAGCGUCUUCUUGUGAUCUGGUGGAACAACUCCGCAGACUGUUCGACAAUGACGACAGCAAGAUUCCUGACGAUUACUGGCCAUGUGCCCCAGAUGGGUACAUCCCUAACUCUGUGGUAAGACAGAGAGUCCCCCCUAAAGAAGUGCCAGCGCAUCUCAUACCCAGGUUGAUGAGAGGGGAGGAAGCGCAAGAGUGGUUUAAGAAGACGAAGAAAAAGUCGUCGAAAGAUGAUGUGGGUAAGAGAUACAUGAGGAUUGAGAGGUAUUUGAGAAGUCUUUAUAGGAGGUAGAAGUGGAUAAAUGGGAUUUGAAAGGAUGUAAGAGAUGACUCUUGCCGUGGAUCAAAAGGGAGGGCAGUUUAGAACUGAUAGAACUAUCCAGUAUAAAUGAAGUUAGUUUAGUUUAGGUUUCCUCCUGUAGUAACACUGGAUCAAUAAGAGAUGAUCCUUACUGGACCUCUAGGAAGAACAGUUUAGAACUGAUAAGGGUAUCCAGUAUAAAUAGAGUUAGUUUAGUUUAGGUUUCCUCCUGUAGUAACACUGGAGCAAUAACAGAUUAUCCUUACUGGACCUCUAGGAAGAACAGUUUAGAACUGAUAGAGCUAUCCAGUAUAAAUAAAGUUAGUUUAGUUUAGGUUUCCUCCUGUAGUAACACUGGAGCAAUAAGAGAUGAUCCUUACUGGACCUCUAGGAAGAACAGUUUAGAACUGAUAGAGCUAUCCAGUAUAAAUAAAGUUAAUUUAGUUUAGGUUUCCUCCUGUAGUAACACUGGAUCAAUAAGAGAUGAUCCUUACUGGACCUCUAGGAAGGACAGUUUAGAACUGAUAGAGAUAUCCAGUAUAGUUGGUUUAGUUAACAUGUAUUGAUUUUCCCAGGCAUGCCUGAAGAUUACUACUACCCAAUCGCCCUUGAUGAUGACGAGCUCGGCUUCUUCUCCAUAUUUGAUGGUUAUAACGAAGGCUCUUACGAUCAGGAAAAGCAAAGUUUAUUGCUGGAAUCGUCUGAUGAGAGCGAGGAUGAGGGACUGGAGUCUAGUGACGAUGAAAUGGAUCUAAAAAAGAAAUGGAAGGCGUCGAUUAUAAAAACAACAAUGAACAAGUAUGGCUGGUUUUUGCUCUUUUUGUGUCUGAACUAUCAGGAAAGAUUGAACACUAAGGUUUUAGCCAGGACGCGGAAUAGAGACUAUGCAGAAAAUCGACUUCUUAGUUUUUCCUAUGAUUUUGGCGUAACAGUAAUUCGUCAUCAAAAUGCUGACGCCAUAGUCCUAGCCAGUGCGCUUAUGAGAGGCAUUCACCCCCCUGAUAAUAUUCAAAAUGACGGACGUUCAGGGGGGGAUGCCUCUCAUAAGCGCACUGGCUAGGAAUAUGGCGUCUGCAUUUUGAUGACGAAUCAUGGCGUGUUAAACUAUAUUUUUGCACAGCGUUUGGCCACAGAAUAAAGACGUACAGAAGUGUAACUUCCAUUACAAAACCGUAAGGCGCUUGUUCUUAGCAUGUGCCCUAAAGAGAGGCAUUCAACCCCCUGGACUAUUAAAUUUUCAAUAUGUUUUCAGGGGGGUGACUGCCUCUCUUUAGGGCACUUGCUAAGAACAUGGCGGACUGAAAAAAUCCCUUAUGCGAAAUUAACCUGAAGUGAGAUCUCUGUAUGUACUUCCUCUGUGGUUUGGCUCACUCUCAAAAUUGCUUUCAAGUAACUCAUGUUCAUGAGCGUGUGUUUAUUUUGUAGAGAUCAGAUGUUGUCAAGCGUGCGAGCACGACAAUCUGUGCGCGACCGAAAGAAAGUGAGUAAGAAACCGGAAAUGCCGAUGAUUAUUGCGGCAGAGGUAAGUUCCUGGUCCAUCAGGGGUCGUUCACUUUUUUGCGUGCCUCUGUGACCACACAAAUUAUUUGAAAAUGUGCCUGCAAAAUGUCUUCGUGCAACAUGCUCGAAUGAAUGAAUGAAUGAAUGAAUGAAUGAAUGAAUGAAUGAAUGAAUGUUUAUUUAACGAGAGUUAAACACAUGCCAGUUUGCACUGAUAAAUUUGUGGCUCUCAAACUAUACUAGUGUAUAUACUAUCUGUGAACCUAUGAACUAAUGCUUAUAUACUGUACAUAUUGCUAAACUCAGGAUAAAAGACUAUUAUACUAUAUUGCAUGUAAAAGAUAUUAUAUAAGAUUUUAUAAUAUAGCAUUUGUAAAUUCUGAACGCUGAUUGGCUAAGACCCGUGUUGAUAUAACUCAAUGUCAACACGGGAAAUUUUCCGCCGCUUGUAAACACGGAAAUUUUUCUUAUCAUUCGGGCUAUUGACAUUGCUAUAUUAUAAAACAAAUAUAAAACAUUUUUCCGUAUUGAUAUAUAGUUAUAUCAACACUCGUGGAAGUUGGGAAAACUCGAAAUUGUAUGAAAACACUCCGCCCUUCGGGCGUCGUGUUUCCAUACAAUUUCUCGUUUUCCCAAUUUCCACUCGUGUUGAUAUAACUGUAUAUCAACACGGAAAAUGUUUUAUAUUUGUUAAAUAUAAGAUUAUAUGAUAAAAUGAUCAAUGUUUUCGUAGCUCUCCUUAAAGAGCAGUGUCAUGCUGUGUUUAAAUGAAGCCACGGAUUCCUUUUCACGCACUGUCUUAGGUCACUGGUUCCAUUGUUUUAUGGUCGUAUUGUCGCAACAGCAUGCGAAAUCACGACGCGAUGAGCCAUCAUCAGCUAUGAAUUAUUAUAGAUGCCGAUUAGUAGGUUGGCUUAUGAGUUAUGGCUUUAUAUAUUUUUACCUCAAGAAAUCGGAGCCUCAGACUCUCAAUCAUACAUUUGCACUGUGCACUGGUAGUUGUUCUCAAUACAAAAUAACUUGUCAGUGUCCCUAUAUCAACAAGGUUUUAAUAGACUAAUAGUAACAGAUAGUAAGAUACAUAAUAAAAUAAAAAUUAUAAAAUUUAUUUGAUAACUUCUGAUUUCAAAAGUUUUACAAAAUGUGCUUGCAAGAAAGUUGUUUUUGAAAUGUGCCUGCGACCGUCUGUCCCAGCGGUCCUCACUUUAAUGAGCCCUGCUGUCCGCCUUAGUUGAUUUAUUAUUGCUUCACCCAAACGGUGUUUCAUCUUCUAGGAAGAAGAAGAUAUUAAUGACGUCAGCAAAGCGAAAGAAGCAGAGGAGACCGAAUCAUCAAACGGUAAAGAAGAACCCGAAGAUGAAAACUUGCAACUACCAUUAGUAUUACGUAAAGUCAUCGAUCAGCCAUGGUUCCCUAAAUCAUCUCUCGUUGAAGGAAUUACAGUCGAGGAUAUAUUUCAUGAAAUGAUAUCAAUGAUGGCUGACUGUGCUCCGCUUACCUACGGAAGAAUUUGUGAUGAACUUAUCGGCCUUAUAUCGUGAGUUACUUCAAACCCUUGUUAGUUUUAGGGAGAACAGUUUAGGACUGAUAGAGUUAUCCAGUAUAAAUAGAGGUCCAGUAAGGAUCGUCCCUUAUUGAUCCAGUGUUACUACAGGAGGAAACCUAAACUAAACUAACUUUAUUUAUACUGGAUAGUUCUAUCAGUUCUAAACUGUUUCGUGGAGGUCCAGUAAAGAUCAUCUCUUAUUGGUCCAGUGUUACUGCAGGAGGAAACCUAAACUAAACUAACUUGUACUGGAUAGUUCUAUCAGUUCUGAACUGUUUUUCCUAGAGAUCCAGUAAGGAUCAUCUCUUAUUGAUCCAGUGUUGCUACAGGAGGAAACUUAAACUAAACUAACUUUAUUUAUACUGGAUAGCUUUAUCAGUUCUAAACUGUUCUCCCUAGAGGUCCAGUAAGGAUGAUCUCUUAUUGAUCCAGUGUUACUACAGGAGGAAAUAUAAACUAUACCUUAUUUUUAAGAUGUGUUGGGAUGUCGGAUGAACAAAAAACGAAGAUGUUGCAAGUGGUCGUAGAGAAUUUAGGCCACCCGGCAGCGGGAAUUCGUCGUGCAAGUCUUAAAACCGUUCAAGAAUUACAAGUUGUAUCCAAUCAAGCAAUCGAAGGAAUUAUAUGUUGUUUGGCUCGAGGCUCUCAGGACUUGCAGCAAGAUGCCUUGAACGCCUUGGCACAGUUGUUAGGUAAGACAUUGUUUUGUUUCAACCAGACAAAAAUUCCGAUGUACUUUUGUCGCUUGAAAUGUUGAAGAAGAUGCUCAAAAUUUGUUCUAGUGUUUUUUUAUUGAGUUUCCCAAUCAUUGGUCAGCGGAUUUCCUAAUAGGCUACAAUCUCGUUCCCCGAGCCUGCGAUCCUCGCCAAGGAACGUGAGGCUCUGGGAUAAUCCGUUUCAGGGAGGAAUCUGAUUGGCCGUUGAAAUGGAAUGCGUAGUUCAAUCUUAGCCAGUAUUCCUGGCUUCCGGCAACGGAUUAUCCCAGAGCCUCGCGUUCUUUCCCGAGGAUCGCAGGCUCGGGGAACGAGAUUGAAUAGGCUAUUGCUUAAUUAGCCAUUCCGAAGUUGAUGAGUGGACUGGGACGAGCGUUAAAAAUUGUAAAUUACGCAAUUCAGCUGUAAAGCUGCGAUGUAAUUAUUUUAAUAAAUCCAAAUCCAAAGUGCUCAAAUUAAGAAAUGAACCAAAUCACUAAAACGACCACCUCAAAAUUAGUAAGUAUACAAAGUUUGACGACGUUUACAUGAAUACCCUUCGAAUAAUAAGCUUUCGAAUAUGGUGAUAUUUACUAUGAAAUGUAUUGUAAUUUUUGUUUUUGGGACGCGCGUCCCAAAAACAAUCUUUUUUAAAAUCAAUAAUUUCACAAUUUUCGAAAGCUUAUUAUUCGAAGGGUAUUCAUGUAAACGUCUUCAAACUUUGUAUACUUACUAGUUUUGAGGUGCUCUUUUUAGUCAUUUGGUUCAUUUCUUAAUUUGGGCACUUUUUAACACUCGUCCCCAGUCCUCUCAUCAACUUCGGAAUGGCCAGCCUAGUCCCUAGGCCUCUUAGUUCGCCUAUUGCGCGUUUCUGCAUAUCGGAAAUCAAAAGCGUGCACAGAGGACUUGGGACUAGUCUGCGGAAUUGCUAAUUGAUAGGCGAUCUGAGAUUGACGCGAAAGUGUAACAAUUUAGUGGCAUUUACUGAAGUCAGUGUAAAGGUAGUUCUUUCUCCUUAUUUUAAGAGCUUGAGUAGAGGUCCGACCAAGGAUUGAACGCAGAUCUCUCAGCUUGACCAUAGAUAUCUUAUAUACACUAGACAGCGCAUCUCUUUUAGUAAAAUUGAAGCCAAUAAUAUUCCAGCGGUUACCCCCAUUUGAAUAGAUGGCGGCCAUGUUGGAGUUUCCCACUCGCUAAUAAACGCUUAAAAAACAUCAAUAACUUUCAUCAUUUGAAUAGUUUGAAAAUGUAUUUGGAAUAGGUUUAACUUAAUGUUUAAGUUCCCUGCUUAAGAAAUAGAAAACCUACGAGUCUUCUCAUUUCAUGGGAAUAUCCUGAGUCUGCAAUCACGGCUUCAAUUUUUGAAUUGCAGAAUAAUUAGAUGCACUAUCUAGUGUUUAUAAGAUAUCUAUGAGCUUGAAAGGCAAGCAUGCGUAAUGACCACGACACGACAAGUGUUGGUUAUUACAGCUGUCGAUGUUGUUGAUAAAAUAUUGCAUGAACUCAUUUCCUCAAGAUCAAUUCAUACGAAUUCAAAUUUCUUUUUACUUCCUGUGCGUUUCCUAUUGGUCAAUCGGUUCUGAAACAAAAUCUAAUUGGCUCAUCUAAAAUUAACAGGAAGUUGAUCAAUUUUCUAUCAAAUGAAUUGAUCAACUUGAGGAAAGGAAUUGGUGCAAUAUUUUAUCAACACUUCUAUUGCAUCGACAGUAAAUACUGGUGACCGUCAGAACUGAUAAGGGAUUUUUUAAUUUACAUUUUUGGCGGGCAUUAUAGGUGUAUAAUAUAAUAUUACAAUAUACACGAACCGACCUCACCGCGUAGCUCAGUUGGCAGAGCAUUGGGCUAGUAUUCCAAAGGUCGUAGGUUCGUAUCCCACCGUGGCCAGGCAUAUUUUUCAAGCCUGCCCGGUGUGGAUAUACACUCAGAGUAACAUCACACAAACAUCUUAUUCACCUGAGUACAUUACACCAACACAGCAAAUUUCAAUAUUACAUUAUUUUUGUUUCAGGAGUGAAAGACAAGGAAGCCCUACGGGACUUAUUUAUCCAAAUCAACAUUCUAUCUCGUACUCCUAGUCCGGAAUCCGACGUAACACCUGUACAUCGACCCAGGACUCUCUCCUCGAAGAACAUUGAUCUUCUGGGGAUUGAGGGGGAAGAUGGCGGGAUGGAUAAGAAUAAAUAUAUACAUGAAUGGCUAUCGGGAGAUGAAAGCGCCGUAAAGACUAAAACGGCUGAAAGUCGUUCAAUUUUCAAGAAGGAAAGUCGAGAAAUUAAAAUGGCGUCAACGAUUGUGUCGAAGAUGAUGUUUGAAAAGGUUUGAUGCUUUAUGUGUACCCUUUAUGUUGGCUUACAUUGUACCCUGGUGUACCUUGAUGUACCCAGUGUAGUGCAUGUUUGGAGCUGAUGAAAAACAUGCACAUUAUAGCUGUCAGAAUUUGACAGGUUUACUUCGAUCGAGCUCCAGUUUAUCGCUCAUACAGGGUGUCCCAAAAAAAAGUGACACUAUAGAAAUUAUCCUAUUGUUAUAAUUUGAAUGCCUGGGGCCGGUUGUAUCAAGCCUGUUUAGCUUAAACGGUGAUUAAAGUCUAUAGAUUCAUUCAACAACUAAGCAAGUCUAUAGAUUCAUUCAACAACUAAACUAAACGUUUUCAGCCUUGAUAGAAAGAUAAUGUCUACAACUACAUAUUUAGUGCAUAAUAUUUAAGUUGACUGAUUCACGAGAGUGUUAUUUAAUUUUGACUUAUCCAUCGUUUAAGCUAAACGGACUUGAUACAACCAGCCCCUGAGCACUAUGCUGAACACUUCAGAGUGCGUAAACACAAUGGAAUUGAAUUUUUAAUUACCAGGCGCAUAAAAUCCUGUACUUAACAACAAUAGGAUAAUUGCUAUAGUGUCACGUUUUUGGGACGCUCUGUAUUUGCCUUGCCUGAUAGAAUUCAGAAAGGCAAUUUUUUGCAAAUUCAGACAAUCGUUUUCUUUCCUGUUCGUUCGUUAUUUUGAGCAGCAAUACACCUUACCGAUUAUCCUCUUUUACCCAAUCGCCUCGUUAUCAUGUUAACUUAUUUUAGCGUGUCAGGGGCAGAUAAAGAUUAUAUUCCCAUGUUUUCCUGGACGAAUUUGUUUCUUGCUAUUCUUAGGCUCAAUAACAAAGUAAUUUUCAACCGUACUAAGCGCGAAACAUGAGUAAGUAUUUGACACGAAAACGAGACCAUUUGUGUGAAAAGUGAAUAUAAACGGUAAGGUCUCUCCAAUAUCGCGUGGUUUUUUGCGUGACAUUUAACAAAUAUAAAACAUUUUCCGUGUUGAUAUACAGUUAUAUCAACACGAGUGGAAAUUGGGAAAACGAUUGUUGAGUGUUGAUAUAACUAUAUAUCGAUAUGGAAAAAAUGUUUUAUAUUUGUUUUAUAAUAUAGCACAAAGAAACAUAAAGAAAGAAAUUUUCUGACGUUUCCGUGUUGACAUUGAGUUAUAUCAACACGGCUCUUAGCCAAUCAGCGUUCAGAAUUUACAAAUGCUAUAUAUUAUAAAAUACUCUCGCGUGCCAGCAAGACCUGAAUAAUUUAUUUUAAUUUUCUUUUAUGAAUGACUAGCCUGAUCCACGUCUUUCCAUCGUCGACCUCACAUUUCAUGACUCAUCAGUAUCCUCCCGAGAAAGUUCCGAAGUUGAAGAAAUCUCCUCCCCGCCGAUGGAAUAUACUCAUGACCUGAUACAGAAACUACAACGGACUGGGUUUGGCUGUAAACUACUCUCAAGGUUGGGGUAUGGCUGGUCUCCUGCGGAUAGUUCAAAAGAUCCGAUAGUCAACUUUGAAGUUCCUCAAAAAAUUGAAAAGAUUGAAAAAAAUUCAAAAAUUGAGAAACGACCGCCGGGUGCACUUAUGGUAGGUUGAGGCACAGUGUCACCUCCUGAACGAUGUGAUUUUUCAUUGUCUUGUCAUCGUUUUGAAAAUCUCGCUGUUCUCCAUGUCAUCCAGUUAUAAUCCAGUGAUCAGAAUGUUCCAUUGUCUUUUCAUUGUUUUGAAAAUCCCACUGUUCUCCAUGUCAUCCAAUCAUGAUCCAAUGAUCAGAAUGUUCCAUUGUCUUUUCAUUGUUUUGAAAAUCCCACUGUUCUCCAUGCCAUCCAAUCAUGAUCCAGUGAUCAGAAUGUUCCAUUGUCUUUUCAUUGUUUUGAAAAUCCCACUGUUCUCCAUGCCAUCCAAUCAUGAUCCAGUGAUCAGAAUGUUCCAUUGUCUUUUCAUUGUUUUGAAAAUCCCACUGUUCUCCAUGUCAUCCAGUCAUGAUCCAGUGAUCAGAAUGUUCCAUUGUCUUUUCAUUGUUUUGAAAAUCCCACUGUUCUCCAUGUCAUCCAGUUAUAAUCCAGUGAUCAGAAUGUUCCAUUGUCUUUUCAUUGUUUUGAAAAUCCCACUGUUCUCCAUGUCAUCCAAUCAUGAUCCAGUGAUCAGAAUGUUCCAUUGUCUUUUCAUUGUUUUGAAAAACCCAUCACUGUUCUCCAUGCCAUCCAGUCAUGAUCCAAUGAUCAGAAUGUUCCACUGUCUUUCAAUGAAAAUGUAAAGCCACCGCUAAAAAGCAAAGCUCAAGUAUUUGAAACUCUAUACGUCCACCUCCUCUAUACGUCCUAUUAACCUCAGUUUCAUGUAUGUCGGACAGAAUGUCCGGUGCCUUCCUCUCUAUACGUCGGACAAUUUCACGAAUGGGUCGGACAAUGUCCGUGACUGAUCGAUAUUUUAAGACCUGCAACUGUUCAAUCAAUGAAGACGUUAUACGAUCUUCACGUAAUAUUACAACAAUCAACAUCACACAUGUGUAUAAUUUAUGUGAGUCCGGGGGGUUUAUUUGUUUUUCUAUUUAUCCACAGCAAGCCUAUGGCUUUCUUAUGUACAUCUAUACUUCCCUUCAUAGGGUUUUGCUUAUGGAAAAGUAGAAAAGCCGUGCGAGCAUGAAGAAGGGGAAUGGGGCGAGUUUAACCAAGGAUAUGAGAGACACAGGUCCAUGGGCCACGAGCAAGGUCAGUGAUAUAUUUUCUUGAAUGUGGGUCUCAUUGGAGUGACUUGAUGUUUUAUACAUCUCACUACUGAGUUCAAUAUAGUUAUAUCGUAUGCAUAGCCAGCAUAGGUAGUACAUGUUUUUGAAUGAGAGUUCAUUGAGAUCUGAUGUUGUACAGAACUCACUGUUGCGUUAAACAUGAUGAGAUCAUAUACAGAGGUAGUGCAUAUUCUUGAAUGUGGGUUGCCUCCAAAUGAGCUGAUAUUGUAGAAAACUCACUCCUGAGUUAAACAUGGUCAGACCAUGCAAAGGUAGUACAUGUUCUUACAGAGGUAGUGCAUGUUCUUGAAUUUUUGGUUGAUAUUGUAUAAAACUGCUAAAUUAUGAUGUGAGUAAAGUCUCUGAGAGUAGCAUGGUUAGGAAUGAAUGCCUACUACAUUACAGAUAUGGGUGGUUUUCCAGACAACAACGUCUCACGAGUUUCAAGUUUGUCAAAAAGAAGCGGACGACAGCAAGAGAUUCAGCAAGAGAUGAACAAAACAAUUCUUCCCAAGAUUCUCAAGAGAAUAAAUACAAAUCGAAGAAAUUCGACUUGGAGUGCCGUCAGACGUCGUAACGGACGUCGUGUCAGUCUAAAACAACAAUAUCGUUUUAAAUUGCCAGGUAAAGUUUGUUUGUUUAUUUGUGUUGGUGUUUGUUUGAGUUUGUUUGCUGUUUUUUUAGACAAUUUAUUUAAGCAGGGUAACUAGAAUUACAUACGUAACUUUCGCUUGUUUUGUUUUGCUUUGUUUUGUUUCGUUUCGUUUUGUUUUGUUUUGUUUUGUUUUGUUUUGUUUUGUUUUGUUUUGUUUUGUUUUGUUUUGUUUUGUUUUGUUUUGUUUUGUUUUGUUUUGUUUAAUUGCUUUGCUUUGCUUUGCUUUGUUUGUUUGUUUGUUUGUUUGUUUGUUUGUUUGUUUGUUUGUUUGUUUGUUUGUUUGUUUGUUUGUUUGUUUGUUUGUUUGUUUGUUUGUUUGUUUGUUUGUUUGUUUGUUUGUUUGUUUGUUUGUUUGUUUGUUUGUUUUUGAUAUUGGUUUUAUAGUUUACGUUCUGUGAUUUCCAGGUUUCGACCGUAAAUUACCAGAAUGGAAAACACAAGCCGGCGCUUCAACACAGGGCGAACAGCAGAUCGACCAACCACUACAACAGCAACGUGACAUUUCUAAGAAAGGUAAACUUAUUUUUAUUUUUUGCAUCAAAAUCAAUUUUUCAGCUUUACUUGAAAUAGACACUGAUAGAGCUAUCCAGUGUAAAGUUGAUAUAAUUAAUAGUUUAUGUUCUGUGAUUACUCUUAUUUCCAGGUUUCGACGGUCAAUUACCAAAACAGAAAAGACAAAUGCGUGGUCCUAUGGAGGGCAAACAGCAGGUCGAACAACCAGGUGAACAGCAAGACGAAAUUUCUAACAAAGGUAAACUAAUUUGAAUUAUUUUGAAUCAAUUUUUCAUCUUUACUCCCGCUGUCACUCAAUUCACUCACAUGUGUAUCAUUUAAAUACUAUUGGUUACCUUUGUUCCAUUCUAUGUUCACAUUAUCAGAACAGUGGUAACUAGGCAUGUGAGUUAUCAAUUCACUCACAUGUAUCAUUUAAAUACUAUUGGUUACCUUUGUUCCAUUCUGUGUUCACAUUAUCAGAACAGUGGUAACUAGGCAUGUGAGUUAUCAAUUCACUCACAUAUAUCAUUUAAAUGCUUUGUUACCUUUGUUCUAUUCUAUGUUUACAUUAUCAGAACAGUGGUAAUUAGGCAUGUGAGUUAUCAAUUCUCUCACAUAUCUAAUUUAAAUACUUGGUUACCUUUGUUCCAUUCUAUGCUUACAUUAUCAGAACAGUGGUAACUAGGCAUGUGAGUUAUCAAUUCACUCACAUAUAUAAUUUAAAUACAUGGUUAUCUUUGUUUCAUUCUAUGCUUACAUUAUCAGAACAGUGGUAACUAGGCAUGUGAGUUAUCUGAAGAUGUGAGUGACAGCAGGCGUAAGCUGUCGUAGCUGGUUAGAUUUAUUGCACUAACACGCCAACUUUGUGUAGUUCAAGAUGAAAACUCUGCAAGAUCAGGACGACGCCUGACACUCGACGGAAAAGAGACAACUAUCGACAGCAAACGUCGAAAAUCCAUCCUUAGAGGACUACAAAGACGUCGUCUAGAGGAAGAACUACUUGCCAGUCAGCUUAAAAAUUUAACCAAUCACCAACAAGAUCACGACAGUCCUUUAUCAAUGACGUCAUCACUUCGAGUCCCGACCCCCAGCGAAGAGAAUCUAUUCUCCCCUGUCUCCAAGCUUACAAAUGAGAGUGCGGCCGAAUUUCAUCUGCCAAGAAUUCAUCUUCAUUCCAAGCACACUGAAACGACUAAAAUAUCAAGAGGUGUAAUAUCAGAUGGUAUAACCCGUGGGGUAUUGCCAACCGAUACAACGCGGAUCGUGCCGGGCACUAAUGUUCCAUAUUCUCUGUACACUGAAGCUGAGACGACUAAAAUAUCAAGAGGUUUAAAAUCAGAUGAUAUGACCUGUGGGGUAUUGCCAACCAAUACAACCCGGACCGUGCCGGGCACUAAUGUUCCAUAUUCCCUAUACACUGAAGCUGAAACGACUAAAAUAUCAAGAGGUUUAAAAUCAGAUGAUAUAACCCGUGGGGUGUUGUCAACCGAUACAACCCGGACCGUGCCGGGCACUAAUGUUCCAUAUUCUCUGUACACUGAAGCUGAGACGACUAAAAUAUCAAGAGAUGUAAUAUCAGAUGAUAUAACCCGUGGGGUGUUGUCAACCGAUACAACCCGGACCGUGCCGGGCACUAAUGUUCCAUAUUCCCUAUACACUGAAGCUGAAACGACUAAAACAUCAAGAGAUGUAAUAUCAGAUGAUAUAACCCGUGGGGUGUUGUCAACCGAUACAACCCGGACCGUGCCGGGCACUAAUGUUCCAUAUUCCCUAUACACUGAAGCUGAAACGACUAAAACAUCAAGAGAUGUAAUAUCAGAUGAUAUAACCCGUGGGGUGUUGUCGACCGAUACAAACCGGAUCAUACCAGGCACUAAUGUUCUAUAUUCCCUAUACACUGAAGCUGAUACGACUAAAACAUCAAGAGGUGCAAUAUCAGAUGAUAUAACCCGUGGGGUGUUUUCAGCCGAUACAACCGGGGUCGUCCCGGGCACUAAUGUUCCAUAUUCCCUGUGUACUGAUGUAGUCGGUGAACGUUUGUCACAAGGGACAUCUGUGAUCGCUAGGAGACCUUUGGGUGAUCUAAGGAUGAAUAAUGAAGCUGUGCGAGUCCUCCGUGUGAAUCCCAAGUUGACCAUUGAUACCGGUGAGUGUACAUUAGUUUCCACUCGUGAAUCAGUUUAUUAUGAGGUAAAGAAUGCAUCAGAACGUCUUAUACUGGAAUAUCUUGUUUUUUCCAGGUUGUAAUAAAUGGGGAAGAAGUCGUUAUGGCGUUCUGGAAGUAGUAUGGACCUCUAGGGGUAUCUAUGACCCACAGGACUUCGAGAUAUCCACUGUGAUAAAGACACGUCACCACCAAACUGCAUUGAAUGAACCAACUCAAGCACUGUGUGUCCCUACCGAACGGAUUGCUGUGAAGAAACUGCUUAAACCUAUCAGAAAUCGCAAUCUAGUCGCUAACCCCUACACUCGCGAAGCUCAACAAUGUUUUGCUAAGAAAUUACGGAAGUUUCCGUCUAUUUCCGAAGGCGUGCCGUCCGCGACUUCGAGUAAUUCCGGUUCAUCACGAGAGCGCAUGGAGCCUGAGCAUCUUUGCACUGUCCGUGAACUGUUGGAAUUUGACAAUCGCUGUUUAUCUAGAUCGAAUUAAAUUAAAUUAUAUUUUUGUUUUAAUAAUCAAUUUAUCAAGUUUAAAUACUGGUCGACUUCAAAAAUGUUAAAGAUGAUUCACCGUUCUGCGCAUCAGUUCUGCUCAUAACAAAGGGGUGGAGAGGAUUGCGGGCUCUGGUUUCGAGAUUGAGGGGGACCCCCAGAUAUAAACAUUGCCCAAAUUUGCAUUUUUCGAACUUUUUUGAAUUGAAACGUAGAGUUUAUAUUCAUUUACAAGCAUAGUGAACCAGAAAAGUGUUAGAUAUUCAGUUAGUAUAUCAUAUUUUACAAAUAUAGCCGUUCAAAACGUAAACAAAGUUCGCGCAUGCGCACAGGGGUGGACAUCAUCUUUAACACUAAUAGGAGCAAAACAAGCCUGAAAAUAUACGGACACUGUCCGACACAAAAAGGGCAAAUGUCCGGCAAAAAUUUUUUCUCGCCGGGCAGUAUGUCUGCUACAGUGAUACUGCUAUGAUUCUAUUGAUGAAAAGUGAAAGAUAAAUGCUGUGAAUAUAUCUGUUUUCAUGAAAAUUCAGCAACAGCUAGGUAUACCGCAGUAUAAAUUAGUUUUUCGAAGUGCCAUUCCAAUCUCGUUUCCCGGGCCUGCGAUCCUCGGGAAGGAACGUGAGGCUCGGGGAUAAUCCGUUGCCGGAAGCCAGGAACCCUGGCUAAGAUUGAACUGGCUAAGAUUGAAAUUAACGCCUCCCGAAACUUUUGUUGCCAUGGUGACCAUGACGUUUUAAUAUGGCCACUUUUCUUUGGCUUUCAAUCUCGUUCCCCGAGCCGGCGAUCUUCGGGAAGGAAUGUGAUUAUGUGAGGC